UAUCCAAGUUCUUCGAGUUACACCGAUUUGUGUCAGUAAUUUCUAUGAGGUCCUUUAAAGCCCAUGACCACCCUUCCGUGGCCCCCGUCCAAUCCUCGAUCCGCAAGUGCGUAAGGUGGCCGCGAUUUUUUAUUUGUCCUGCCAAUCUCCCCCCCUUGUCCUCAUUCUCGUCGAUCUUGUCUCGGCCGAACAUCAUAACAGCUACCGGCUUGCCGGUGAGACCUGUAUCCGUCCCAUUCUUAUAACACUCGCCGGCCUGCCUUUCGUCUCAACUCACUGCCCCACAUCCCGCGAGAGCUACAGGGCAUGCAAAGAAUUGCGCCCCUCUUUGGGAGGAAUCAGCUCUACCGCCUGGACUGCUGCUGAAACCCUUUCUGACAGCCGACCGCGCCCGUGAGGAUGGAUCCAGCCGAAGGAGUCGCCGACUAUGGUUCGCCCGAUGAUUCUCGGGCAGGUGAACAGUCACCCACCGCAGCUGCUAUCAAGCAGGAGGAUGAGCCACCGAGGAGGACUAAUGUUCGGAAAAGAACGAAGACAGGCUGCCUUACUUGCCGAAGGCGACGCAUAAAGUGCGACGAAGGGAAACCAACCUGCAACAACUGCAUCAAGUCCAAGAGGCAAUGCGAGGGCUAUAAUCAGCGCCUCACCUUCAAAGAGCCUCUCGGCGCCUUCCAUCACGCAACUCUCUUCGGGCACCCUGUCUACCACCAUCAGGCUUCCGACGCGUCGGUCAAUUCCCAAUUGCCAGCUUCCCAUCACAAAUCUUCUUCCUCUCAGGGGCCACUCCCUGCAAUCGCCCCGAAACCUCCUUCCAUAGACUUUGCCGGAUCCGCACCUUUCCAAUUUGGGCAGAUCUACCAAGGUCAACCGACACCAUUAGCUCCUGGUCCGGCCCUCAACUUAAGCUCGACCCGACCUAUUCUCCAUCAUGGGCAGCCGUCCUCUCCGUUCCAGCCCUCCCCAACCUCGCCGACCUCGGCUCAUUCGCAGCCGGAGGUGGAGGGUUUCUUCCAUAGCCUGUCCGCGGUUAGCCCCCGAGACACCAACGUCGUUCUCGAAAAGGGCUCUUCGCCCAAUGACCGCAUACAGCCACUGUCAGCCGGCGGGAGAUAUGCCCCUCCAUCGAUGGACGACGGUGGUGCCCAGCUGGCACAUACCAUGUCACAUGAAUCUGGGUACUGGCACACUGAUGAUGAGGCAUCCAUGGCCGAUUCCGAUGAUGACGUUGAUGAGGAUUCAUUGUUUCAAAGUCAGACUGCGCACCUUGAAUCAAAUGACCUUGGCAUCCGGGUCGCCCGCCGUGCGAACGCACCUGUUGACUUCUAUGGCACUCAACUGCGGACUUUCACCGGGUUCGUUGAUGCCAACAACAUUCUGGCAACUUAUACUCCCUCCUCAACGAACUCUCCGCUGAAUGAUAGUCAAACGGCGGCUGUUUUCUGGUAUUUUGUGAACGUGACCGGGCCGAGCAUGUCUCUCUACGAGCGGCAUCCGUUCAAUCCCUCGCCCAUGUUCCAGGGCCAGCCUGUGGCUAAAGUUCGCCAACAUAUUUGGACCUACACCUUCCCCAUAAUAUCCAUGAACCACCCAGCAUUGCUUCAGGCCAUUUUGGCCCUCGGUAGCCUCCAGAUGGCCAAACUUCAGGGCAUGCCAGCCACUGCCUCAAUGAAACACUAUCAUCUCAGCCUCCGGAGGAUUGCCAAGAACUACCGGAGCCCCCAUAGGCGAACCCAGGCGGCCACGUUGGCUGCCACCUUGCUUCUCGGCUUCUAUGAAAUCUGGAACUCGGAUCAUGCCAAGUGGUGUAAACACAUGUGGGGCGCAAGAGCCAUUCUGAAAGAAAUCCCACUUCUGGACAUGACGAGGGCGAUGCUCGAUCUGAAGUGGAGGCGGCGACAGAAGGUUGCACACGAAUCCGAUGCCUUCUUCCCCGAAUUUCAGGAAGGCGAGCCCGACAUCACGGAGGUAAAUACCGACCUGCUCAGCCAGCUCACGGGCAGCACCGUCACUUAUGGGGAUUACGGUUACGUGCAUGGUGAGGGUCGCCAUCGGCCUGCGGGGUGGUAUACGAAACGUGAUGUUGAGGUUUAUGAAAAUCUCAGCGACUUGUACUGGUGGUACUGCAAGAUGGACGUUUACCAGAGCGUCUUGGGAGGCACCCGCCUAUUCAUGGAAUACCACCUAUGGACACAGUGCGUGCCUAGAGGGCCCAUUGGGAGGAUUGACGCCAUAUUCGGGACAUACGACCAUCUCAUGCUCCUACUAGGACGAUUGGCCAACUUUGCCUCGCUCGAUCUGGCACGGAAACGACAAGCUCGGAAAUCAGAGUCUGCAGGCAGGGGACAGAAUCCAUCCCCACCAAUGUUCCCUGGGCUUAUGCCUUCCAAGGGUAAGUUUACAGUGCCAACCGGCUUCAGCCCUCCGCGUGACACCACACCGCAAAGCGAGGGCUCUGAAGAUGUGGACCUUGAGGAGACCACUGCGACCGCGCUUCGAGAGUGGGAAGCUAUACGACAGGCAUUCGACAUCUUCCGCUCCAAUCUUGGACCCGACUUUGACCCGAUGGGCCCUGAUCUAGGGCCCCCACAACUGACCCCUUUUGGUCCCGCAAUAACGUAUCGGACGUACAGCAUUGCUGGUAUCUGGAUGAGCUACUAUAUGGGCCUAAUUGUGCUCCACAGAGCGCACCCGUCAAUGCCCCCCGUAGCCAUGAUGGCCGCAGGAAUGGCUGCGCAACAUACCGGCCGUCUUGCCAACGAUGUCGGAAGGAUUGCAGCAGGCUUGGCGGAGGACUGUGACAACAUGACCGAAGUGACCACCAGCCUGGGGGCGGCAUUUAUCGAGUGCUGCUUCUGCCUCUUCGUCGCCGGUGUUCAGUACCAGGAUACCGUCCAGAGGCAUUGGACAAUAAAGCGACUGCAUGACAUUGCACGCCUGACGGGGUGGCAGUCGGCAAGGCAAAUCGCCGACGGUUGCGAAUCCGCCUGGACAAAGGCAGCACAGUUUGGCCGCGGCGCCCCCUACGAGAGAGCUCCCGAGUUGCAGCACAUUGUUCCGGAAUCCGUCUGGACAAACCCUCGGAGGAUCGAUCGCCGCAUAAAAGAGCUGGAUACUGACGAAGGAAGAUUUGUAUUGACAAAAUCCGAACAGGCGCACUACGCUCUUGGCCUGCUCAGCGUGGAACAGGACCUCGACAGGCUGGAGCUCGGAGACGGAGGAUGAGCAAAACUGGCCGAGCCAGUUUUGUAUAGGGGGCGAGUUGGAUGAGAGAGAACUCGAGUAUAGUAUAGGUGAGAUAGCUACGGACUUCUUGUAUUUGUGAUACCAGGCAGGGCAGCUGCCGAACGAGCUUUUGGAUCAACCCCAACACUCUUCUGGAUUGGCGGAAAAAAGGUCUACCUGUCGUUGUAGUAGUCAUACACUUCCCUAACUACUGGUACAUCCAUAUUACUUGGUGAAUAGUUGUGACGCAUCUGAGUUCGAAGUCACGACCCUUG